AUGGAGACUGGCAAGGCAGUGGGUGCCCCUUUCCGAGGGCACACUGACUCCGUUCGGUCUGUCGCAAUCUCGCCUGAUGGCAAGCGCAUUGUAUCUGGUUCAUGGGACAAGACCAUCCGCGUGUGGGAUAUAGAAUUUUUCAACCAGCCCCGCCCAUUCACAGUGCCUGCCAUAUGUUUUUCACCUAACCCAACCCAUGCUCUUCAUUCCGCAUCCUCAUUCCUCCAAGAUUCCUCCACCCCAGCCUCAAUUGCCGCAAACGAGGAUGGAUGGGUUGUAGGUCCCGACGGACGGCUUCUUUUCUGCAUCCCAAUCCAUUUCUACCCGGCUAUGUAUUUCCCAGGCAACACACUGGUGAUUCACGAUCGUGCCUCGCAGCUUGAUCUACGCUAUUUUGCACACGGCAUGUCAUGGCAAGAGUGUCGGAUGUAG